AUGAUGGCUACAUCGGGACAGAUUCUAAAGACAGAGGUCCGGCGCAAGCACGCAAACAGCCCCCCAAUACUGCUGGAUGGUCGUCGAUUGGCACGUUCUUUUAGAUUAGGAAAGCGAAGUUUCCUGGAGGCGAAAGCGAAGCUUCAGGCGGCGCUGAAUCUUGAAAACCUGGAGAGCUCAUAUGGCGAAAUGGACGAGAGAGGGUCCCCAGUAUCGGAGGACUCGGGGGGGGUCGUGAUUGUGGAUGAUGACGUCCUGCUUCGGCAUCCCGACUCGUCUGCUUACCAGCUUUUUCGGGUGAGCCCCGUGGGAAUCGUGGCUACGAGAAUGACGGAGGCUUGA